AUGCGUCUGGUCGCGGCGGCGGCGACCACGCCGCUCGCGCGUUCCGUGUGCGCGUGCCUGCUUCGAUCGGUGAACAGCGGCAACCCCGGUGGUCAGCCUCGGAGCGAGGAGGCGCAGCGACAGCUGAUGUUCUUCUGCAACUCCCUUCGGUUUACCUCGCUGAGGACCCCGACACCGAUGGCGCAGGUUCAAUCGUGGACAACAUUCACGCCCUACUACGCCGAGGACGUCAAGUACAGCUUCAGCCAGCUCACCACGCCGUUGGAGGAUGAGAAGACGCUCUUCUCGCUCAUCGUGGCCACGUUCCCAAACGAUUACGAAAAUUUGAAGGAGCGCCUGGGGGUGCUCGGCGCCGACGACGACGCCGUCCUGCGCAACCACUGGACGGAGGCUCAGGCGUGGGCGAGUGACAGGAGUCAAUCCCUGGCGCGCUGCGUCCGCGGCGUGACCCUUUACGGCAGCGCGCUCAGGCUUCUCGCGAGGCUCGAGGGCCACGCGGAGGAUGAGGUGGAGGCUCUGGUUCGGAGCAAGUACGAAUUUUUGGUGUCGGCGCAGAUCUUUGGCACCCAACGAUCUGCUCGGCCGGGCACUCUUGAGAGGUUCAAGGCGCAGGCGAUCGAGGAGCUCAUCGUGGGCAACCGCGACCUGCGCGUGUGCUUCGUGCACGUCCCCGAGGACCCGUCGGUGGAGGAUUACGCAUCCUGUCUCAUCGGCGUCGACGAGUCAACCGGCAAGUGCAAAAUUGACUACAGAGUCAAGCUCCCCGGUAACCCCGUCAUAGGCGAGGGUAAACCGGAGAACCAGAACCACGCGGUCAUAUUCGCCAGAGGCGCGCACCUUCAGACGCUGGACAUGAACCAGGACAACUACAUGGGCGAGGCGUACAAGAUGAGAAACCUUCUGGACAGUUUCAAAUCCGACGGCGUCGUGUUGGUGGGCUUCCCAGAGACAAUCUUCUCCGAGACUCACGGCGCGGUGGCGCAGUUCGCCGCGAUCGCCGAGUUCAUCUUCCAGACGUUUCAGAGACUGAUGACGUGGCCACUCAUGGUAAGGUUCCACUACGGCCACCCCGAUGUCUGGGACAAGGCCUUCACGAUGACCAACGGGGGCGUGAGUAAGGCAAGUCGAGCCUUGCACGUCGCCGAGGAUUUGUUUGGCGGAGUCAACGCGGUUGCGAGGGGCGGCAAGGUCAUCUUCGAGGAGUUCAUCGAGUGCGGCAAAGGACGCGACAUGGGUUUCACGUCUGUGAACGGCUUCGAGCAGAAGAUUUCCGGAAGCUCUGGCACGAUCUCCAUGUCCAGGGACCUGUACCGGCUGCACAAGGGCAUGGACGCUUUGAGGGUGUUUUCGCUGUACUUCUCUGGUCCUGGUUUCUUCAUCAGCAUGAUGCAGACGGCUUGGUGUGUGUACCUUUACAUCCUCGCGCACGCCGCGCUCGCGGUGGCGGACCUCGAAAUUUACCGCGUCUACCGCUACUUCAAGAUGACGGAGACCCAGACCUCUCUCAGUUUAUCGAGGGAGGAGGGAGGGUACUACAACUCGAUUUACGCCAUCCAGCUCGGCUUCCUCUCGGUUCUCCCGCUGUUCCUGAAGAUGUGCGUGGACCGCGGGGUGCGCGACGGGUUCAAUUACGUCGUCUCAACGCUGGCACAGGGCAGCUGGGCGUUCAACAUAUUCACCAUGACCACCAAGGGGUAUAACUACAUGCGCGCGCUUUUGUUUGGGCAGGCGCAGUACAUAGCCACCGAGCGCGGCUACGUCUUGAUGAACGCCAGCAUGGUUGUCCUGUAUGGGCUUUACGCUAAAUCCCAUCUGUACCAGGGCAUGGAGCUGCUCGUGUACCUGGUGCUGUUUCACCUGAACACGCAGUUGCCGGUUUCAUUUUUGUACUCGUGGUCCGUGUGGAUGUUCGCGCUGUGCGUGGUCAUCGCGCCGUGGUGGUUCAGCCCGCAGGCGACGAACCUGUUCUGGAUGCGGCACUCGUGGCUGGACUGGCGCCGGUGGAUCGACGGUAACUUCAACCAACCGAGGGUGAGCCACGGGUCGUGGGCCAGCUGG